AUGAUCAAACUAGGUGUUUUCGUUGUCUUACUCGUUUUCUUUCUCGCGGGAGUUGUUACACUUUCUCAAGGGUUUAUAGAGACCAAUCACACAGAGAAAGCAAAAGUGUGGCGUUUCAGUGACAUACCAUCCAUGAAGUUCGUCAAGUUUCUAGGCAAAGGUUCAUACGGCUCCGUCCACCUCUACCGUCACACAACACACGAUGGCUCAACCUCCUUCAUCGCCGCGAAGAGCUCCUCGGACCGUCGGACUAUCCAAAGAGAGUUUCGAGUACUCUCCCAGCUCAAAGGAUCUCCUAGGAUCGUGCGAGUGUUUAGCAGCUCUCUUCACGAAGGACUCGACAGAAUCGGAAACAGAGUCUACGAGAUACCUAUGGAAUACGCUUCUGCAGGUACUCUUUCAAGUUUCAUCCGCGUUAACAAACAGUUGAAUGAUUCGACCGUCAAAGAUUUUACUAGGAUGAUACUUCAAGGUCUGGUCUCGAUUCAUAGUCACGGUUAUGUUCACUGCGAUCUUAAACCGGGCAAUCUCCUUCUCUUUCCGGUUUAUGAUCAGCAAACAUCGACUAAUCACACUUAUGAACUGAAGAUUGCGGAUUUUGGAUUGACGUUGAAGGAAGGAGAGGAAGAAUCUGAUAAUUGGAAGUACCAUUCUCCCUAUGUGGGAACUCCUGUCUACAUGUCUCCCGAGUCUGUCAGAGAUGGUACUGUCGGGAAAGCCCUAGAUUUAUGGUCCUUGGGUUGCAUUGUUCUCGAGAUGUACACUGGUAAGCGUCCGUGGUCAGAGGUUAGUUUUUAUGAUCUUGAAGAUUUUUUAGGGGAGGACAAAAAGGUACCUGAGAUUCCAGACACUGUGCCGUCUGAUGCAAGGCAGUUUCUGGACAAGUGUUUUGCAGUGAAACCUGAAGAUAGAGGAACCGCUUCUGAGUUGUUGUUGCAUCCGUUUCUGGUCGGAGAUGAUAAGAAGAUUGCUGAUGACACCACAGCACCGACGAAGAGAUGGAGGAGGAUGGGAAUCAUGAAACCUCCGGCUAAAUUGGAAGAUAGUGUUAUUAAAACCAAGGCAUUGAAGGUGAAGAUGAUUUCAUUCAAGAAAUCCCUAAAGCUGAAGAUUCCUCCUCCUAGACCUCCAAGUUCCACUUUUGUUCCCGUUCACUAG